UCACUAUUUAAGCUGAACCAACUGCGUUAGACUUCGCUGACAAAGUUACACCAGCACACCCCUCAUCUCUAGCAACAUGAACUCUUUGUUGAGGUUCGCAGUUUUACUGAUCGUCGUGAUGCUACUUGUCAGCCAGGGUAAAUGUCGGAGUCUUCCAGCCCCCCAAGAUGGUACACCCGUCAUCGGUGGUGGUGACCUUACAGGAGGUCUCCUUGGCGGUGAUCUUCUAGGAGGUUUAAUGGGGGAAGAUGGUCUUGUAGGAGGACUCCUUGAUGGUGAUCUUCAAGGAGGUCUCCUUGGUGGUGAUCUUCUAGGAGGCGUCCUUGGUGGUGAUCGUCUAGGAGGUUUAAUGGGGGAAGAUGGUCUUGUAGGAGGUCUCCUUGAUGGUGAUCUUCCAGGAGGUUUUCUUGGUGGUGAUCUUCUAGGAGGUUUAAUGGGGGAAGACGGUCUUGUAGGAGGACUCCUUGAUGGUGAUCUUCUAGAAGGCUAAAUAUUUCAUUAUAAUUGUUGCGUUGACUAUACAAUACAUUUGCAACACCUAUCAAGAAAGUUUUAUAUCUAAAGAGGUUUUAAAAGUUGUCUUCAGAGCUGAUUAUCGAAUAUUUCUGUCUGUUAAAAGAAUUUAGUAUCAUUACGAACACUGAAUGUUUUUAAUAUAGCAUAUGUUAUUUAAAAAACCUA